AUGAGAUUGAGAACCAUUAUUAUAUUUACUCUGAAACACUCGAAUUCACUUCACACUCAUCCCUUUUCAAUUCCACAACUCCACAACAUCAACAACAACUACCUUAAACUUGUUCGUUCAUGCAAACACUUGAACCCUCUCCACCAACUCUAUGCCCAUUUCCUUGUUUCAGGUCUCUUAUUCCAAUCCAAUUUACCUCAAUCAACAUACCCAUCUCUCAUUCUUUGUAAUUCAUUGAUUAGACUCUAUUCUACACUUCAUCACUUCCACAAAGCUAUAAACUUGUAUCACACAAUGUUACAAAUUGGACUUCAACCUGACAAAUACACCUUUACCUUUGUUUUGAAGGCUUGUACUGCUGCUUUAGAUUUUCAUGAGGGUCUUUCUGUUUACCGUCAUGUAGCUGCUAAAGGGUUAGAAUGUGAUGUCUUUAUUGGGACUAGUCUUAUUAACAUGUUUUCUAAAAUGGGUCAUUUGGAUACUGCAAGGAAGGUGUUCGAUAAAAUGCCGAAGAAAGAUGCUGCUUCUUGGAAUGUGAUGAUUUCGGGUUUGUCGCAGAGCUUAAAUCCUAGUGAGGCGUUGGAAAUGUUUUGGAAGAUGCAGAUGGAGGAGGGUUUGGAGCCUGAUAACGUGAGUAUCUUGAACCUGGCUCCGGCUGUUUCUAGAUUAGAGGAUAUUGGUUCUUGUAAGUCUAUUCAUGGUUAUUUGGUUAGGAGAGGCAUUUGUGGCAUGGUUUCAAAUUCAUUGAUCGAUAUGUACUCUAAAUGUGGCGAGAUACAUCUGGCUCGUCGUAUUUUUGACCGGAUGCGGGUUAUGGAUGACGUCUCGUGGGCGACAAUAAUGGCGGGAUAUGUACAACAUGGUUGUUACUUUGAGGUUCUUGAAUUGUUUGAUAAUAUUAAGCAGAAAAAUGUUAAGAUGAAUAAGGUGACAAUUGUAAAUGCGCUCUUGGCAGCUGCAGAAAUGAGAGACUUAGAGAAAGGGAAGGAAAUUCAUAACUGUGCUUUGCAGAUAGGGAUAAUGUCAGAUAUUGUUGUUGCUACUCCUGCAGUGAGCAUGUAUGCAAAAUGUGGAGAGUUGAAGAUGGCAAAAGAAUUGUUUCUGAGUCUUGAAGGAAGAGAUUUGGUUGCUUGGUCUUCUUUUUUAUCGGCUCUUGUUCAAGCUGGAUACCCUGGAGAGGCAUUGUCUAUAUUUCAAGAGAUGCAGCAUAAAGGCUUGAAACUUGAUAAAGUGAUUUUGACGAUUCUCGUUUCCACUUGUGCAGAAAUUUCAAAUCUUAGAUUAGGGAAGACUAUGCACUGCUAUGCUAUUAAAGCAGAUAUGGAGUCCGAUAUCUCAAUAAUAACAACCCUUGUCUCCAUGUACACUAGAUUUGAAUUAUUUGUACAUGCUAUGAGGCUGUUCAACAGAGUGCAAAAUAAAGAUGUUGUGGUGUGGAAUGCUUUGAUAAGUGGGUUUGUGAAAUAUGGUGAUCCACAUCUUGCAUUGGAAAUGUUCCAUAGAUUACAAUUAAGUGGGAUUCAACCAGAUAGUGGAACCUUGGUGGGUAUGGUUUCAGCUUGUUCCACUAUGGAUGACCUAGAUCUAGGAACAUGCUUUCAUGGAAAUAUUAGAAAGCGUGGUUUUGAAUCUGACACUCAAGUAAAAGUUGCCCUAAUGGACAUGUAUGCCAAAUGCGGGAGCCUUUUCUCAGCUGAAUGCUUGUUUCUCUUAACGAAACAUGUAAAGGACGAGGUAUCUUGGAAUGUGAUGAUUUCAGGGUAUCUGCAUAACGGAUAUGCCAAUGAAGCGAUUUCCACUUUCCAACGGAUGAAAUUAGAAAACAUCAGGCCCAAUUUAGUCACAUUUGCGACCAUCCUUCCUGCUGUAUCGUAUUUGACAGUAUUAAAAGAGGCAAUGGCUUUUCAUGCCUGCAUAAUCCGAAUGGGAUUUCUAUCUAGUACCAUUCUUGGAAACAGUCUCGUAGAUAUGUAUGCUAAAUGCGGUCAACUUAGUUAUUCUGAGAAAUGUUUUCAUGAAAUGGAAAACAAAGACACUAUCUCAUGGAAUGCAAUGCUUUCAGGAUAUGCAAUGCACGGUAGAGGUGAACUUGCGGUCGCUCUUUUUUCACUAAUGCAAGAGACUAAUGUUCAUGUAGAUUCUAUUUCGUACAUCAGUGUAUUAUCUGCUUGUAGACACGCUGGUUUAAUUCAAGAAGGAAAGAACAUUUUUGCCUCAAUGUGUGAAAAGCACCAUGUUGAAUCCAAUAUGGAACACUAUGCCUGCAUGGUUGAUCUUUUGUGCCGUGCUGGUUUAUUUGAUGAAGCUCUUAGUUUAAUUAAUAAAAUUCCAACAGAACCUGAAGCUCAAGUUUGGGGCGCCCUCCUAGGAGGGUGUAAAAUUCAUUCCAAUGUUACAUUAGGAGAGGUUGCCCUGCAUCACCUUGUUAAACUUGAACCGAGAAAUGCAACUCAUUAUGUAGUUUUGUCAGAUAUUUAUGCUCAAUGUGGUAAGUGGAAUGAGGCCAGAAGGACAAGAUCACAAAUGAAUGCUCAUGGCUUGAAGAAAAUUCCAGGAUAUAGUUGGAUUGGAGCCCACAGACAAGGUUAA